AUGGCUCCGGCCGCAGUAGUCGCAGCCACCAGCGAGAAUAUCACGAUCUCGGACUUCGUGUACCACAAAAACAACGGCUUCCCACAAGUUGAAUUCAAUCUUUCAGUCAACGGGGUUAGCUGCUAUGCUGAGAAGUACACUGUUCCCGGCGAGGGGUACGGCUGUAGCGUCCCCGAGUUCACGUUCGACAUACUCGAAGAACAGGGCCCGGAUCUGCGGUUGUAUCAUGAAGUCGACGGUGCCACGCUUGCGGGUGAUUUCCACAUCCUCAUGAACGGACCGGUUCCGACGAUCCUCGAUCAAGUCGGUACUUCGUCCAGCGUACUGACGCCGGUCGGGGAGGGCCAGUAG